CUGGAUGAGUCGUACAAUGUACGUUAUACCGAUCGAAAGCAGUUGUUUUAUCAACGACGAUGCAGCUUAGUGGACCGUGAUAUUUUGAGAAAUUUCAUAGUCAGAUCGUCGGAACAUAAUUCUCGAGCAACGUCUUACAGGUUAGGUUGCUCUAUUUCCUGAGUCAAAAUGGAAUCAAUGGACGCGCGUCUUGUUGCGCAAGCAUUGAACUACCAUGGUCAGCAGUUGCAGAAAGUGUGGGAAGGAGAACGCAAUGAGAAUGAGUUGGCCAUGCUCAAUCUCAAGGAACCCAGUUUUGAAAUUUAUCAACAACGUCAAAAAACACUUAGUUUUGGAGAUAGAGGAAAAAGACUGAAGCUUCAGCAAUUCCUCGCUAAGAAAGCAGAUGCUCUUUAUGAUAAAGCAAAUCUUGAGAAGACAGUUGAACCUCUCAAACAAGAAUUGGGUGAUGAAGAAUUUUAUGCAACAAUGCCUGGUCUCGAUACUUUUGUCACUAUGGAAAAAUCACAACGCAUUAGAAACUUCUUGGAAAGUUUAAUUGUUGGUGAUGUAAUUUAUGCACAAGUUAUGGGUAAAAGUGCACCUGGACUUCUACUGAAGGUUCUUUGCAACUGUUCUGACUGUCCUCGAGUUGUUACUGAGUUAGGAAUAAAGGUUCUAAUAUUGAAUACGGCCACUGUGCCAGCAGUGGACAAGAAAGGUGUUACAAGAGGCUACAUGGCUAAUGAUCUGGUCUGCGUCGUAGUCACUGAAGUUAACGUUGAAGCGGAACGAGUCGUUGCAGUAAUGAACACACCUGCCCGCGAGGGCCAAGCCCCACAUCCACCUACUGGUCUUAUUCAUUCAGAUGAUCUCCCAGAAGCUUAUAAGAAAGCAAUGGACAACAAAAGUCUGACUUAUGAAACGCUCUUGGAGAGUAGUACUGGCUUCAACAACCCAAACAACAUUAAAUAUCUUUGUGACUUGAUGGGUCUGGGUCAAGAGAAUCAUUCUAAUAUGGUUGGCCUAAGGGAACGUUUUCCUCCCAAUGAGUAUGCAUCAGAAUUGAGACAAGCGCAAGCAAGCAAGUGGGCAUUCCGAAGUGUUGCUGAUGGAAUAGAUCACUUCAAAGCUGGCCGCCAUACCGAAGCUUUUCAAUGUCUUAAUAAAGCGCUUCAAGUUGAUCCUAGAAAUGUCGAAGGAUUAGUUGCAAGAGGAGCAUUAUAUGCCAACAGUGGUAGUUUCAAAAAAGCGAUCGACGAUUUUGAAACUGCACUGAAACUUAAUCAAACGCAUGCAAACGCUCGUAAAUACAUGGCCGAAACUCUUGUAGCACUUGGACGUAGUUACGAAGAUGAAAAGAAAUACGACGAAGCACAGAAAGCUUAUGAAAAUUGUUUAUCUAUUGCACCAUAUCACGAAGAAGCACGUAAUUCUAUCGAGUACAUCAAAUCAAAGACAUUGACGUCUUCUUUGAAUCCUCUUGAUACGUUUAAAAGCUUCGAAACUGAAAAUGAUGUUGGUGAUAAUAAAAAAGAGAAAAAGAAACGUAAGAAAGAGAGAAAAUCUCGAUCGAAAAAGAGACAAAGGUGGAGCUCCAGUUCUAGUUCUUCAUCGAGUGGAUCAUCGAGUACAUCUAGUUCAGACUCUAGCAGUUCUUCGUCGUCAGGAAGUUCGCGUUCUGCAUCUCGUUCACCGAGCAGAAAAAGGAAACAUAAGAAAGAUCAUCGUGGAUCACUAUCACCUCUUAGCAAGCGUAUGGCUCAGUACAACAAUCCUCCAGCUGCCACUACCGCUUCUCAUGAUGUUAUUUCACCAGUUUCUUAUAAUGCUAAUACGCGCGAAAAAAUGGACGAUUAUGAAAUUAAAGUGCGAAAGUUUUUGGAACAAACCAAGGAUGAUUCAGAUUAUGAGGAUAAGGUAAGGAAGUUCUUGGAAGAGACUGCAAGAUGGAAAAGAGAAAGAGAAAAGGAAAAGAAAGAAAAAAGGAUUUCUUUCCACUCAGAAAGUGAAAAAAUGAAGAAAAAGAAGAAAAAAGAGAAGAAAGGAAAGGAUAAGGAGAAAGAAGACAAGAAGAGCCGUAAGAAGAAGAAGAAAGAGGAAAGAAAGAAGCGUAAAAACAAGGAUAAACUUGAAAGAGAUUUGGAAGCAUUGAAAAAGUCAUCUUUACCAGAUCUGGAACAGCUUGAAUCUAAACUAAAUGCUUAUUAUGCGAAGGUUGAAAAAGAAACAGCGGUCCUAAAAAGGUAUGUAGCACAGUAUAAUGACAUACCUUCCCCUCUUAGCAACGCGGAGAAGCUCGCGGAGAGCUCACGUAGGGAGGAGGAGCUACGUAGAGAGAGGGAAAGGGAGAGAGAUGAAGCAUCUAAGGCGUAUCAUGAACGAGAACCCAGAAUACCAAUGACGGCGCAACAACGUAAAGAAAUCCAGAGGAAGCCAUUAACUGACAUUUUCGAACAAGAGUCGCAGUUGAUCCAUCCUGAACCCAAAGUACCUACUCUAGAUCCAUCUGCAUUAAACGCGAAAUGGAAGACUGCUCAAGCUGCCAGUGACGAAGAUGACGAUAACGAGUUGGAAGAGAAACUCCAACGAGCAGCUUUAGAAAAGUCACUGAAUAUUCGUAAACAGAUGCAACGUGAAUUAGCAGAAAAGAGAGCAGCAGCCGCACAACCGAUGUCUGCCCCAACACCGCCGCCGCCAUUGCCUAAGGAGCCUCCUAUGCCAAAACAAGCGCCAGUUAAAUAUCCAACUCCACAACCGCAAAACAAGUUCCAAUCGUACAAAGAUCAAAAUAUAUCUGUACCUCAAGGUACACCGAAUAAGUUCAGUUCUGGUAGCAAUCUCGGUGGUAAAUUCCAACCGAUUGGUCAAUGUCCUGGAAGCGGAGGUGGCCACCCACCGGAACCUCCGCGUCCACCGCCACCAACGAAGAAUCAGAAUCAGGCUAAAGGUCCAAGAACGGAUUCUGAUAGCGAGACAGAUAGACAGCAUAGACAGACGCCUAAGAAACGUGAAUCGAGUGGUAGAGGAGGCACGAUGUCAAAGAGAAUGAGCAGAGACAGACCAGGGAAACGUUCUCGAAGCAGAUCUCGCAGUGCAUCUAGUUCUGGAUCCUCUCGAUCUCGAUCUCCAAGACGAACUCGAUCGCGAUCGUAUUCCAACAGAAGAUCGGGAAGUUAUGAACGAAAGUACAGUCGUUCGCCAUCUGGUACCUACAGUAGAUCAAGGUCACGUUCACGAUCUAGAUCUUAUAGUAGAAGUCGCAGUCGCAGUAGGUCAGGCGACAGAGGCUAUUACCGAAAGAGACAAUUCCGGAUGUACAAUAAUCGUGGCACCUAUUACAAGCCACGCUUCCAAGGCUUUAACAAUCCGAAUCAUCGUGGAGGUGGCAAUAAUUUCCAAAAUAGAAAUCGAUUCUACAAUAAUCAACAUAAUAAUCGUUUCGGUAACAGACGUGGCGGCGGAUUCAACAAUCGCGGCGGUGGGCGUGGACGUGGUGGCAACCGUGGUGGUAGAUUCUUCCACGGUAAGCAGGGCUUCCGCGAUUUCAGGGACAGGCGAGACUUUAGAGAUCGUCGGGCUGCAUCACGCGACAGAUACAGCGAUCGUAGUUAUUCUCCCGAUCCAAUGAGAAAGGUUGAUGAAGCCAAAGAGAAAAUCAACAAGAUGCUGGAAGGUGGCGACGAUGUUAUGGAUCACCAACAAGGAGCCGGAGGAUCGAGCGUCCCUCCCAAUAAGAGACAAGAUGGACCUCUGAGCGAGGGAGAAGAACGCGAUGAUGAUGACUACGAGAGGUGGGGAGAGGGAGAGGGGGGCGACGCGACUAACAAGAGCGAGGAAGUUGGAGCUGCCGGCGUUAACCUGGAAGGCAAGGAGCACUUCAUUGAACGCAUGAAGCAGCGAAGCAAGAAUGUAUUAAUGCAGAGAGCCCUUGCAGCUAAGAUUUGGUAGAUAUACACGUGCCCCGUUGCUGACGCUGUUUCUUCUCCUCUUCUUCUUCUUCUUCUACUUCUUCUUCUUCUUCGUCUGUGAUAUUCUCUCUUUCCUCACGUUGGCUGUGCCUAGUCAUCAACGAUCGACCAAUUACACGUGAGAUAUAACUCUCUUUUAUAAUUUUACGUACCUAAUAACGUACGGGGUACGUAAAUUAAUUAUCAAAGUUUAAUAAUAUCACUGACGAUAAUAAUUAUUAUUGACAAAUUUAUUAUAAACUGGCGGCCAUUAUGAUCGUUAAGAAUAUUUUUUUUCUUUAUGUCUAUCUAUCUUCAUCAUUGACAACUUCUAGUUUGUUUUCUUUUUCUUUUUUGUUUUCUUUUCUUUUUUUUUUCUUCUUUUUUUUUUUUCUUU